AUGGCCUCUAACUCAAUGGAGUCGUGUAUGAACAUGCUGUUUGGAGAAUUUGACUACAACAGUAUUCGAUACAUCACCGGCUCCGGUGUGUUCUAUUGGACUUGCAUGGUCGUUGUGAGCCUGAUCCUUCUGAACAUGAUGUUGGCCAUCGUCAUGGGGUCCUACAAGAACAUGAGUAAAGAAGGCUACAAUGGCGCUGGGAGUCGGCUGCUCUUCAGCCGAUUAAGACACGACCCACCAGAUGAGCUGCGGGAUUGGUUUCUGGAGAUCGCCCGUGAUUUCUUCCAGACCGCCGGCCUCUUCUUCGCUGGGCUCUUUGUGCCCGUGAUCGCGUAUUUGUCGGACUCGGACAUUGGCAGCGGUAUGCGCAAGAUUCUGUGGGGGUUUAGCCGCUUCUACGACGUCUUCGUCGUGGACGUGUCGUCCUUCUUGCAGAACCCAAUGACAGCUACCAACGUGUUCGUGGUGUUUCUCAUCCUGGGGAUUCUCGCAGUGUGGGUGAGCUACUUGUGGUUCUUGAAGACGGGAAUGCACAUGCACAGUCGAGUUGAGGAGCUGCGGCACGGACACGAAGCCACGAUGUGGGCGGCGCUGGCAGUGAGGCAAGCCACGCGGUUCAAGAUGUUCACGUACAUCAUCACGGCGUGCUUGACGGUGUAUCUGCCGCUCACUCGGCUGUGUCUGGACGUGAUCGCCGCCAGUGCCGCGCCCAAGAUGGACUACGAAGACGCUCACUACGGCGCGACGGAUCUGGUGAUUACGAGGAUGAAGGACGGCUCUGGCUGGUGGCUGGCAGUGACGAUGGCCGUAGUGAUCUGGGGUAGCUUUACAUUUACGCUCCCUUGCAUGGUCUACAGAGCGAUCAAGAAGAACAAGCCCACGGGAUCCCACGAAAACGCGAAUAUGACCCACAACUUGGACGGAGAGAAGGUCGAAUUCACGGACAAAGUGUACGCACAACUCGUUGCGAAAGACCCCAGUCAACUGCGCUGUCCCUAUCAAUCACUAUACGCAGGCUUUGGUCAACGCUCUAGCCACUACAAGGUCGUGCAGCUCGGUGUGAAGAUUUCUUUGGCGUUUCUGAUUGUGUGUACGACGCGUUCGAGCGCUGGGCUGCGUGGGGGUCUCAUCUGCACACUCUAUAUCUUCGUGGUGAUCUUCACCGUCAGAGGCAAACCCUUCACGGACCCCAUGAACAACGUCCAGGAGAUCAGUUCCAAGAUAGCGGCCUUCACCACGUGCUUCUGCGCUGCAGUGAUCAUCGGUCCAAAUUCGCUUCGAGGCUGGGGAGGGGUUGCGGUUUUCGUGCAGGUUUUGAACUUGAUCGUCAUGGUCUCGGUGAUAAUGCUCGCCAUGAAGCGAACCCGACUCUGGAUCAAGGAUACAACCGGGUUCAUGUCAUUCAGCGACACUUCCCGAGGAAUCGAAGACGCUCGAGCGGUGGACAUCGUCCCCGAAUGGAACCCGGACAAGGAGGUGAAGCAUCGGGUGUGGCAGGCCUUCUGGCAGGCGACGCUGCUGGAGAUAACGGAGCCGAAGCUAGGAAAUGACUAUUCGGGUGUCACCAUUGCUAAUCGGCUAGCAGACUUGGAGCAAGCGGUUGUAGCUUCAGGGGCUCAUCGUGUUGUCUCGCACUGGAAAGGGGAAGAAAAUCCGUACACAGUUCGUCCCGUCGAGCAGUUCUGGAUGUUCUUGAAGGUGUGGACGUGUUUUGGGGAGAUGUGGACGCCCCGCGUAAUAGACACUCGGGUUUUGGCAAAAUUCUACGACGACCGCAUUCAAACUGCAGUGGGUGACGCUGAAGCAGUGGAAGGGGAAGCGUCGAAGGAUGUGAUAACACUGCGGGAUGACUACGACCUAAACGACAGCGCCAGCACACACCGGAACUUGGCAAAAUUAUUUUUUCUUAACUUUUCACCAAGGAUUAUCACCAGAUGUGAAGUGAGGCAGAAACUACGAGCACUUAGUGCGCUUGCCACCAGCAUCCGGUUCCCCUUCGUCCAAGAAGAAGAAGUAACGCUAGAAGACGGCAUCUGUGAAGUCAAAAGGUUCGGGAAAACCUACACGGAAACGAGGAUGACCAAGGUCAAGUUCAAAUGUUACUACACUUGGGGCGUCAUUCGCGUCGAGACGGAGUGGGACGGCCACGGCAAAACCCCUCGCAUUAUGGCUGAAGAGUUUAGCAUCUCCAUGACGUAUCGAGACGGCCAGGGGGAUGCCGUGGCGCCAAACACUGGCAUCGUCCACAGUCUCAAACAUCGAGAGACCACGAAAGGCCCAGAACAUAUCGGACUCACCGCAGACAUGGAGGAAAGUGAGGAACUACACCGAAUUUUCUCGCAGACUGAGCCCGACUGGAAGGCUGGCGUCAACAAGCUUCGGUCUCAGGAUCAGCAGUAUCGGCGGCGACUGGAGGAGAAGCAUCGGAGAGGAAACGAGACACUGAGCGACGGCUUCUGGCACGAAGUCUACAACCAGCCGCACCUCCCGCGUAGUAAGCUGGAACAUCAUUUGCGCGUUCGGGAGAUACACCCCAAGUUACGUGGGCUGCCACGCACUCACGCUGAUGCUCUAGACGCGCUUUAUCUGCGACUGCGAUACAUUUAUUCCCACCCGGCCGUCACGUUCUGGUAUGUCUUCUGGGACGACGUGUAUGCUCGCAAUGGAGAGAUGAAGCGGUUAAAAGACCACAAGGCUCUACUGGAUCGAAUGGAGCGAACUAGUUUGUGUUAUCGAGUCAUGAAGCGAGACGAGCUUGAAGCGUGCUUGGAGGCCCGCCGAUUAUUGGGGAGGAAGGCGUAUUUCGUGCCGAGACUGCUUCAACUCCGACUUGAACUCGUGGACCCGACCAAAGUUCAUCUGCCGCAAGGUCUCUUCGAACCGAAAAUCCUCGAUCUGCUGUACAACACGCUCAACAAACACAUUGAGGCGGCAAAACAGGGCAAAACCACUUCGGAGAUUGAAGGCGAACAGGCCAAGGAGAAGGAGGGCAAGUCGCUCGACAUUCGGGAGCAAGUGCGAAACGUUUUCCAUAUUGGGGAUCAUAAGAGGAUGAGCAACGAGGCGCUGCAGACGUUGAGAAGAUAG